CUCAAAUUUUCUUUGCGGAAAAUCAUGUCAGAAAUGAUCAGCUGAGCGUUUUAUUAAUCAAACAGUAUAUAUCACAGUGUCGACACGUUGACAAUUAUUGGAGGGUUGAUAGAUUUUAGAGGGCGGCUCCCGAUAUGAACUUUGUUUUGUAUAUGUUUUAUAUAUUGUACAGUUAUGUAUAUAUCUCGUCACGUGGACUUCGAUCUCGUUAAGACGAUUUCUAUAAUUGCAUGUAAGUAAAAAAAAAAAAAAAAUACAAGUCUUCUUAGAUUACGUAUUAAACUUUGCAAUAUAUCCAGUAGAUCUCGGGACUGCAAUAAUGCAAAUAUGGCUGACACAAGAAUGCGAAAAAAGUUUGAUGGAGCGAAAAAAUACGACGAAAUGUUGAAAAGAGGUGGCUCAGAAUAUAUUCCAUUGGUCGAUGGUGAAAAUCCAAGAUACAGAAUUGUUUUGUCAUUUUCAAAAGUUGCUUGGUUCACUGUCUCAUUACCUUUUUUUGCCUUUAUUUUUUGCGUUAUUUGGUCAAUAAUUUAUAAUUUUGAACAUUCAACUUCGACACAUUGUCAGGUUUACAAUUUUUUACCAUCAGUCUCAGCAGCAAUUGGUCAUUAUAAACCGCAGAAAAAUGUAUGGAAAGGAGCGAUAGCAUUGCAAGCUUUUGUGAGAGCUUUAAUUUUUCUGAUGUAUUAUAGAUUUUACAAGGAGAAAAUACACAAAUGGGCAAAUGGAAUUAGCAAUUUGGCACUAGUCACUUACGCCUUAGAAAAUAUUUCACUUGUCGCAUUAAGUUUUUGGUCUUCCAAUGAAAAUUAUGCCAUACACAAAUUGUCUUUCAUAACAUUUUUAAUAAUGUCCUUAUUUCAUAUGUUUUUAACAUAUUAUAUAAUGACAAAAUGCAGAAAUGUCUCUAAAGAUAUUUCCGAUACAACUUCGAUAAAAUGGAAAUAUCGUUCCAUGAUCUUCAACAUUACUUCCAUAUUUUUGGCGUGUUACUUCUUCUACAGGCACAAUACAUUCUGCGAACCAUUAGUUUAUUCAAUGUUUGCACUUGCUGAGUACCUGGUUGUGAUAACAAAUAUGGGUUACCAUUUAACAGCCGCUUGGGAUUUUGCAGGACGACAUCUACUUUUUUCAACAACCGGCUUUAGGAUUAUUUAGUUUUUUAUCAAUUUUUUUUUUUAAAUUUCAUAUUUAUUUCAGGACAAAGAUUUGUGCUCUUCCAUCAAAAUCUUUAACGACCUUUUUUUAUCGAUAAAUUAUGUUUGACUAAAAAAAAAAAAAAACAUAAUGCCACAGAAUUAUUGCUAUUAGGUAGAAACAAAUUUAUUAUUUAUAUUUAUAUAUAGUGUAUAUAAUAAAGGAAAUGAAAGGCA